AUGUAUUCAAGUUUCUGUUUCGAGCUAUGGUUCGGUUAUUCCAAUUACUCUGAAGACCCAAAUCUUCAAAAAGAGUUUAGUCCAACUAAUCGCACACUUGGUUUCGAUCAUAUUUAUGUUAUUCAUCUUGAUUAUCGAACGGAUAGAUUUGAAAGAUUAAAAGAAAUAUCAUCCUAUCUUGGGUUAGACUUUGAUUAUUUUCCUGCCGUUUCAAAAUAUGAUGAAGAAUUCCUCCGUAGGUUUGGCACUGCAAAUAUGGACCUUUCUCAAAAAGCUUGUUUUUUAAGCCAUUAUUUAGUCUAUAAAGAAAUAAUUGAUAAAGGAUAUAAUAGUGCCUUAAUUUUAGAAGAUGAUGUGGACUUUGAACUUAACAUUACCGUUAUCAUGAAUGAUAUUCUUCAUGAUCUACCUUCUUCUUGGGAAACAUUAUACGUAGGCAGUUGCCAAGAACUUGUCGGUGAACGUGUAGGAAAAAACUCUUCCCUCCAUAAACUGUAUAUGUCUGUGUAUCCAAUUUGCACACAUGCUUAUGCUGUUUCGUAUUCAGGCGUUCGCAAAAUAGUAGAACUGAUUGACCCUGUGACUCCUUGUAGUACGAUUGAUCAGUGUCUCAAGAUAGAAAUUACUGAUGGGAGACUCUCUUCAUAUACUGUUCACCCGCAUCCUAUUGUGCAAUGGAAAGCUGAUGACAAUCCAACUGAUAUCCCUAUAUCUUGGGAAACAUUACAUAGUUUAUAUAAUUCAACUUUGCGCUUUCUUGGCUAUAAUGGGACUAAUG